AUGCUGAAGCUACGGCCUCGGGGCUUCAUGCCCUCUAGGCAAUGGUUCAAUUCCUUUUCCUAUCGCACAUUUUCCGCCAGACCUUCAUCCCAAAAAUCUUCAUCGAAUACCUCAAAGCCACAGAAGCCUCUCAAUGAAGUAUCCAGUCAUAUCACGCAGCCGAUCUCUCAAGGAGCCUCGCAGGCUAUGCUCUACGCUACUGGACUCUCGACUGAAGAUAUGUCCAAAGCCCAGGUUGGCAUCUCCAGCGUCUGGUACAAUGGGAACCCUUGCAAUAUGCACCUGCUGGAUCUCAGCAAUGUCGUGCGGGAAGGUGUGCAGAAAGCGGGAUUGAUCGGGUACCAAUUCAACACCAUUGGUGUCAGUGAUGGUAUCAGCAUGGGCACAAAGGGGAUGAGAUAUAGCUUGCAAAGCCGGGAUUUGAUCGCCGACUCGAUCGAGACCGUCAUGGGCGGCCAAUGGUACGAUGCGAAUAUCGGCAUUCCGGGUUGCGAUAAAAACAUGCCGGGUGUCAUUAUGGCAAUGGGACGCGUGAAUCGGCCCAGUUUGAUGGUGUAUGGAGGAACAAUUCGACCAGGCUGUGCUGCAACCCAGAACAACGCCGAUAUCGAUAUCGUGUCCGCCUUCCAGGCUUAUGGCCAAUUUCUAACUGGCGAAAUAACCGAGGAGCAACGAUUCGACAUCAUCCGCCAUGCUUGCCCGGGUGGCGGUGCGUGUGGCGGGAUGUAUACUGCCAACACAAUGGCUUCAGCCAUUGAGGUGAUGGGCAUGACGCUGCCAGGCUCCUCGUCUAAUCCAGCGGAAUCAAAAGCCAAGAAACUCGAAUGUUUAGCUGCGGGAGAAGCUGUCAAGAAGCUUUUGGUGGAAGAUAUCCGACCAUCAGACAUUCUAACGAGGAAAGCGUUCGAGAAUGCAAUGAUUUUGGUGAAUAUCACUGGUGGCUCGACCAACGCAGUGCUUCACCUGAUUGCCAUGGCAGAUUCCGUUGGCAUCAAACUUACCAUCGAUGACUUCCAGGCUGUCAGUGAUCGCACUCCUUUCCUUGCAGAUCUCAAACCUUCUGGCAAAUACGUUAUGGCGGAUCUCCAUAGCAUUGGCGGCACUCCGUCCUUGAUCAAAUUCCUCCUGAAAGAAGGUAUACUUGACGGCUCCGGAAUGACAGUUACAGGGCAGACUUUGGCCAAGAACGUAGAAAACGUGCCCGAUUUCCCAUCCGAUCAGCAGAUCAUCCGUCCUCUCAGUAAUCCAAUCAAGAAAACAGGUCAUAUUCAAAUCCUCCGCGGCAGUCUCGCUCCUGAGGGAAGCGUAGGCAAGAUCACAGGCAAGGAAGGGAUGCGCUUCAAGGGCAAAGCCAGAGUCUAUGAUGAUGAGGAUGACUUCAUUGCGUCUUUGGAAAAGAACGAAAUCAAAAAGGAAGAUAAGACUGUCGUUGUUAUCCGAUAUACCGGACCAAAGGGUGGACCAGGAAUGCCAGAAAUGCUCAAACCCUCUUCCGCCUUGAUGGGUGCUGGACUGGGAUCCUCCGUUGCCCUCAUCACCGACGGCCGCUUCAGCGGUGGUUCGCACGGAUUUUUGAUCGGACAUAUCGUCCCCGAGGCUGCAGUUGGCGGUCCGAUCGCACUCGUCGAAGACGGAGAUGUUAUAACCAUCGAUGCAGAGCAGCGAGUCCUUGACCUCGAAGUUGGCGAGGAUGUGCUUGCGCAGAGGAGGCAGAAGUGGCAAGAGAAGCAGGAGCGCGGCCUUGGUCGUCCAACUGGUUUGACGAUGAGAGGAACUUUGGGUAAAUACGCCAGGGCUGUAACGGACGCCAGCCAUGGAUGUAUCACCGACUCUGUGUGA